CGAAAGGCCUAAGCAGUGCGUAAGUUCGGAAAAAAACCGAUAAACACAAACGGGGCCGCACGACACUCACGACUUUACCCCAAAACCUGAACCCUACUCUCUGUAUCGCGCUCGCUCUUUCUGUUUACAGUGAUAAUAAUUACAGAAGUAUUGCAGUUUAUGAUUGGAAUUGGAAGAUUAUGGCUUCGGAAAGUGCUUCCAGAACGAGUCCAACGGCCGAUUCCUACAUUGGGAGCUUGAUAAGCUUGACUUCCAAGAGCGAGAUUAGAUAUGAGGGCGUGCUCUACAACAUCAAUACUCAUGAGUCCAGCAUUGGACUCCGAAAUGUACGAUCAUUUGGAACAGAAGGAAGGAAAAAAGAUGGUCCGCAAGUCCCUCCAGGUGACAAAAUUUAUGAAUACAUACUAUUCCGUGGGAGUGACAUCAAGGAUUUACAGGUUAAAUCUUCUCCACCUGUUCAGCCUACACCACCUAUAAACAAUGAUCCGGCUAUUAUUCAGUCUCACUAUCCUCACCCAGCUUCUACUUCUACAAGCAUGCCUCCUGCUGUUAGUGCAUCUUUGUCAGAUCUUAGUUCACAUGCUGCACAGUUGGGACUCCAUGGAUCAAGUUUCCAAGGUGGCCUUCCUUUGUAUCAACCUGGAGGUAAUAUAGCUCCCUGGGGAGCUACACCAUCUCCUUCUAAUGCAAAUGGUGGUGGGAUUGCCAUGCCAAUGUACUGGCAAGGAUACUAUGGCCCCCCAAGUGGACUUCCUCAUUUGCAUCAGCAUUCUUUGCUCCAUCCACCACCUGGACUGUCAAUGCCUUCUUCACUGCAGCCGCCGAUGCAAUAUCCUAAUAUUAAUGCCUCUUUACCCACUGGUGCUUCAAACUUACCUGACGAACCAUCUUCUUUGCCUCCUCCCAUUUUUAGUUCUGUGAAUUUAAGCUCUAGUUCUUUAGCACCAUCAACUCUGCUUCCCGUCCCUUCAGUCACACUAACUUCUGAAACAUUAGGAAACUCAGUGCUUAACAAGGCACCACCUAGUUCUGGCCUUCCUGCAAUUGCAUUUGGUUCUAGUUUGCCAUCUCUGGCUCCUUUAACUAUGUCUAGUCCAGAUAUAAAUGCUAUUGUGCCAUCAAUCAACAAGCCUACUGCAAUUCCUAGUCCAAUCUUGUCGUAUCAAGCCUCUUCUAAAUCUACAUCGUCUAUUGUUGGAACAUCCAACUCUAUUCACACAGAAACACCAGCACCCUCAUUGGUAACUCCGGGUCAGCUGUUGCAGUCUGUACCUACCGCAGUUUCUUCUCAAACUUCACAAAUAGCACAAAAGGAUGUAGAAGUGGUUCAAAUAUCAUCAUCAGCUUCACUAUCAGAACCAAUAUUGCCAGUUUCAGCUGAAGCUCAGCCGCCAAUACUUCCAUUACCAGUACCUUCACAAGCUGCUCAAAAGCCAAAUGGAACUCCUUUUCAACAUCGUCAUGGUUACCGGGGACGUGAUAGAGGAAGAGGAAUGGGGAGUUCACGUCCAGGAAAAAAAUUCUCUGAAGAUUUUGAUUUCAUAGCUAUGAACGAGAAAUUUAAGAAGGAUGAAGUGUGGGGUCAUCUUGGCAAGAGUAGUAAAUCUCAUUCAAUGGACAAAGAAGGGGAUGAAAAAUUUGGCGAUGAAGAUGAUACUCAAGAUGAAGAUGAUCAAUUACCGAAAUUUGGGGUCAAGCCUGUCUAUAAUAAGGAUGAUUUCUUUGAUUCCCUCUCCUGCAAUGCACUUGGUCAUGAAUCACAGAAUGGAAGGACGAAAUUCUCUGAGCAAAUGAAGAUAGACACAGAGACUUUUGGUGACUUUGCAAGGUAUCAGGGUGGUCGAGGAGGUCGUGGACAUGGGCGUGGUGGUCGUUUUCGUGGUGGUUACCAUGGAAGGGGGUAUAGUCAUGGUGGGAGGGGCUGGGGGCGGGGCGUUUCCAGUCAUGGCCCUUAGGGGCACUUGAAAGACUUCCCAAAUGUUGUAGUGGGUAAAUGUAAAGCCAAUCUGCUCACGACAGCAAACCAGUACUUGAGGGCCGUGCUUUUUAUGGUUGUGUUCUUACACAUUUGACUGUCCUGAAAAUAAAGAGUAGGAUGUGCAUUUUGAUUUUAAA